GAGAGCGGUGGCGCACGGAGACACGGACGAGGAAAAGAAACUUGUUUCAAAUCAAAUAGGACUUUUUUUGUCUGCUUCGCUACAGUAUCCUGAGGCUUUUCUGGCUUUUGCCCUCUCUCUGACUGGAUUUCACUUGGCUGAAUGAAAGGCAGCGAAACGAGGAGAGAGGCGCGGAGAGAUCAGCGGAGAGGAGACUAGACUGUACGCGGAGAGGAGAGCGAGACUCCGGGCAGCGGCUGUGCGUCUUUGCGCGGUGGGGAUCCAGGAGCGAACGGGGACUGCGGUUAAGUCUCACCCGGCUCUGUUAGAGGGGGCUCGGGGUGGGAGGGGAAAUAACUUGACUUUAUUCCCUGGCUCUCUGGAGAAGAUUUGGUGACAUUUUAAAGAGAAACAAGGGGAGCUAUCGGAUCGUACACUCUGCUCCACGCAUGCUGGAAGAGGCGAGAGAAGGGCUGGAUGCCUGCGGGGUUGCGAGUCCUGAAGACGCAGCCAAUAAGGAUUACCCCCAGCCUGAUCAUUUGACGGAGUAAAAAAAAAAAAAAAAAAAAAAAAGGAGUGAGUCAUUUCUUCAUAUAUUUUACGCGUUUGGCUCCUUUUGGAGAGGAUAUGGCACGGGCAGCGAUGGAGAGAAGAGCGCAGCCGGCACAGGCGAGAGGAAACAGGAGCUGAAUGACAGGAUGCCAGCGACCUGAGCACGCUCUCAGAUCAGCACCAUUCAAAGAAACACUUUUCAUUUAUUUGAAGACUGAGGACGAACACUUGGCGCACAGAAACCCUGUCGGAGGAGUUUAAUUUUGGAGUUUUUUAUAUGCGUAAUUUUAUUUUUUGGGAGAGGAAACAAGGAUGCAUUGUGGAUUAGUCUUUAUCCUGUUCAUGGGAAUCCUUUUGGUGGUCAAGGCUUUUAAAAACGACAAAUGUGGAGGCAACAUCAGAAUCUCAAACGCCAACUACCUCACCUCGCCGGGAUACCCCAUGUCUUAUACCUCUUCUCAGAGAUGCACGUGGGUGAUAUCUGCGCCUGGUCCUCACCAGCGGAUUCUCAUCAACUUCAAUCCGCAUUUUGAUCUGGAGGACCGGGAGUGCAAGUAUGACUAUGUGGAGGUGCGGGACGGUGUGGAUGAGACCGGUCAGCUUGUGGGGAAGUACUGUGGAAAGAUCGCUCCUUCUCCGGUUGUCUCUUCAGGAAACCAGCUCUUCAUCAAAUUUGUCUCUGACUACGAGACUCAUGGAGCAGGUUUCUCCAUCAGAUACGAGAUCUUCAAGACAGGUCCUGAAUGCUCCAGGAACUUCACAUCCAACAGCGGUGUCAUAAAGUCGCCAGGUUUCCCGGAGAAAUACCCCAACAACCUGGACUGCACUUUCAUGAUCUUCGCACCCAGGAUGUCUGAGAUCAUUCUGGAGUUUGAGAGCUUCGAACUUGAGCCGGACCCAACCCCUCCUGCUGGUGUUUUCUGCCGCUAUGACAGGCUGGAGAUCUGGGAUGGCUUUCCAGGAGUGGGUCCCUACAUCGGGAGAUACUGUGGGCAGAACACCCCCGGUAGGAUCAUCUCCUACACCGGCAUCCUGGCACUGACAAUCAACACUGACAGCGCCAUCGCUAAAGAGGGCUUCUCUGCCAACUUUACUGUCAUUGAGAGGACUGUUCCAGAGGACUUCGACUGUAGCGACCCACUGGGAAUGGAAUCUGGAGAGAUAACAUCGGACCAAAUCAUGGCCUCAACCCACUACAACCCCAGCUGGUCCCAAGAGCGCUCCAGACUCAACUACUAUGAGAAUGCAUGGACGCCUGCGGAGGACUCAAACAAGGAGUGGAUACAGGUGGACCUCGGGUUCUUGAGGUUCGUCUCAGCCAUCGGCACCCAAGGCGCCAUUUCCCAGGAGACCCGGAGGAUUUACUAUGUCAGGUCCUACAAAGUGGACGUCAGCUCUAAUGGAGAAGACUGGAUCACUUUGAAGGAAGGCUCCAAACAAAAGGUUUUCCAAGGCAACACCAACCCAACAGACGUUGUCAAGACGAAGCUGCCCAAACCCACCCUCACACGCUUCGUCCGAAUCCGUCCUGUUUCCUGGGAAACAGGCAUCGCACUGCGCUUCGAGGUGUACGGAUGCAAGAUAUCAGAGUACCCUUGCUCAGGCAUGCUGGGCAUGGUUUCAGGUUUAAUCACUGACAACCAGAUCACUGCAUCCUCGCACACAGACCGGAGCUGGGUACCAGAGAACGCACGUCUGUUAACCAGCAGGACAGGGUGGACCCUGCUGCCCCAGCCACAGCCCUUCACCAAUGAGUGGCUGCAGGUGGAUCUAGGAGAUGAGAAACUGGUGAAGGGAUUGAUCAUCCAGGGAGGGAAGCACCGGGAGAACAAAGUGUUCAUGAAGAAGUUUCGACUCGGCUACAGCAACAACGGCUCCGACUGGAGGAUGGUCUACGACGCCAAUGGGAACAAGCCAAAGAUCUUUGAAGGGAAUAGCAACUACGACACUCCUGAGCUGAGGACGGUGGAGCCUCUGCUGACACGUUUCAUCAGGAUAUACCCAGAGAGAGCCACUCCUGCUGGGAUGGGCCUUCGACUUGAGCUGCUUGGCUGUGAAAUUGAAGCUCCUACCCUUCCGCCUACCACAGUUGCACCCAGCACCACUCCAUCAGACGAGUGCGACGACGACCAGGCGAGCUGCCACAGCGGCACAGGUGAUGACUACGAUGUGACAGGUGGUACCAUUAUGCCAGUGACCACUACAACUGAAGUGGAUAACAUCCCAGCUUUUCUGUGGUUUGCCUGUGACUUUGGCUGGGCCAAUGACCCAUCCUACUGCAGCUGGACAUCAGAAGACACCGGCUCGAGGUGGCAGAUCCAGUCCAGUGGCACCCCCACCCUCAACACUGGACCCAACAUGGACCACACAGGUGGAUCGGGGAACUUCAUCUAUACCCUUGCGACAGAACCCCAAGAGACUGAGGUGGCUCGACUGGUCAGCCCUGUGGUCAGCUCCCCAGACUCAGACCUGUGUGUUUCUUUUUGGUACCACAUGUUCGGCUCACACAUUGGCACUUUGCACAUCAAACAGCGCAAACAGACAGUAGAUGGUCCAGCUGACAUCCUGCUGUGGACUUUAAGUGGUCACCAAGGAAACCGCUGGAGGGAAGGUCGUGUCCUUGUGCCACGAAACAACAAACCCUAUCAGGUGGUGAUCGAAGGUGUGGUUGAUGGAAAGAGCUGGGGAGACAUCGCUGUGGAUGACAUUAAGGUUCUCAAUGGACUCAGCAUGACAGACUGUAAAGACCCUGAUGAACCCACUGAGCCAGUGCUACCAGAGGAUCGUCUCAAUGACAUCCUUGAGGACAUCACUGAGUAUCCAGACUUUGUGGAAACCAACCAGAUCAGCGGAGCGGGCAACAUGCUGAAAACACUUGACCCGAUCCUCAUCACCAUCAUCGCCAUGUCGGCCCUCGGGGUCUUCCUGGGCGCCAUCUGCGGCGUGGUCUUGUACUGUGCCUGCUCACACGGAGGCAUGUCAGACAGGAACUUAUCAGCCCUGGAGAACUAUAACUUUGAACUUGUGGACGGGGUGAAGUUAAAGAAGGACAAACUCAAUGUACAGAGCUCAUACUCAGAGGCGUGAGCUGGGACAGAGAGAAUCAUGUGACUGUGUAAUGUGCGGCGCUCAAAGAGUGCACACGAGACUGGCUGUAGGCAUAUCCUCUCGGCGAGGAGGCAGGCUCAAAGGACUGCCACUACCCUCAACUCACAGGAUGAGGGACAGGUUCAGGAACCAAUGGGAGGUUUGGACUGACCCAUGCUUUUCUCAGGAGCUGCAGUAAAAAGAACCUACCAGUAGGGGACACUGUGUACAAAUAAACUACAGGAAAAAAUAUGUACAGAUGAUUCAGAUGAUAUUUUAAUUUUCUAUUUUGAUUUUCAUUCAUUUUUACAAUCGGAUGCUGGUGUUGAGACCAAUUUAUUAAUAAUGUUUAAAGUAUUUAUCAUUUCUGAGAAAGAAAUCUUUUUUUAAUUAUAAUCAGUUCAUGAAGGUUGUUUAUUUUCAACUUAGAAAGAGACGUAUCAAAAUCUUAAAUGAACCAUAUCUGGCAAAGCUGUAGAUUUGCCCCAUGGUGAGGCAUACAGGGUGUGCCCAUUUCCCCUUAGACCCCUUUCAUGCUAAAGUGAGGGUCCCAUUCAUGGCAAUGUAUGGUUCUGACAGUGCCUUUAGUACAUUUCUGUUGAUCCGGGUGUUUUUUACUGUACAUGGCUUAAGUUAUGACAGGAAACAGGGGCACAUUAUAAAUAUCUGCAAAUCAGGAUAACAAUCUACCACAGCGCUUUGUUUUGUUUGUUGUUGUUGUUUUCUGUCCAAAAACCACACACUGUAAAUAAGUUUUAAUAUAUUUUAUUGCCCUUUUUAAAGAAAGUAAAAAGGAAAAAAGCUGCAGUAUCCCUUUUUUCAUGGGUUUGUGUGUGUGUAAAUACAAUCUUCUGACUGUUUCGUGGAAGGUGCAGUGUUACGGUUUUUGAUUUCUAGGUUUCUUUGCUCCGACGAGUUAGCUUUUUGUGGUAUUACAGCGACUUUCAAUGUGCAUUCAAGCCAUCAAAUGAAUCAUAAGAACAAAAAGCAGUUGAACUUCUUUAACUGAUUUCAUUAUUCGCUCUGCAUUAAGCUGGUCAUCUGAAUAUUUCCAUGUAGCUUCAAACACGGCAGAGGAGGUGGUUAACAGAAAAUACCUGCCAGCAUACCAAAAAACCAACAAUCACCAUUGCUCUGCUUUAGCGUGUCACCUCCUAACGUCACUGUGGAUUGUUCACUGAAGAAGUGCUCUCUGGACAAUGCAGCUUGAAUGCACUUUGUUACCGAUCUCCUUGUUUUAAAAAGACGAGGGUUAAACUGAAGAAUGGUGCUAUCAUUACUUUAGUCAGACACAUUUGUCUCUUUGAAAAAAAGCCCAGUUUGUAUUGUUCACAUGCUGUAUUGUAGCUUAAGGCCUCUUGGAGGGCCGCAAAGAGUUUUACGUGUUUCACGUGUAGCAGCCAUAACGUUGUGAUGUCAGAGCUGAUGUCAUUCAGACGGGACGGUGGUACAGCGAGGGAUCGAGGGGCGUCACCUGAAUCAGGUCACCUGGCCUCCCCUCUGUGGCUUUACCAAAGGAUGGUCGCCCCCUUUCUGGUUCACCGGGGGCUCUCAGCAACAUUCAAAGGCAAGAAAACCCACAGUUUACCCAUGAUGCUUGACUCAGAAAAGACUUACUCUGUCAAACCUCAAAGAGAGGGGAAGAUAGAGGAGCAUUGUCUUACAGUGUGUUUUCUAUCUCUUUAUAAGCUCAAAAGAAGUGCACAUGUCACUUCAAUGUGAACUCUUUAAAUCUCUAGUGAGACUCUUGUUUGCAGAUGGAUGUAUCGGACAAUCCCACAGUUAACCUACAAAGGGAAGGAACUGUUUGUGUGAGACUGACAGUAUCAGGACACAAGAACCCACGGGGCCGGAUCUGAGAGGUUCUUCCGCUCCGCAAUCAAACAAUCAAAAACUGGAUCCUGAGAGGGGUGACUUGUUUUUUUUACAUCCGUGUGCUUUGUACGUUGUGCCGUGGUGAACGCAUCCUCAGCUUUGUUCAGUUCAGAUCCAACCUCUCGACCUCUACACCGAACUGUCUGCCACGCUCUCAGCUGUAGAGGACUGUAGCUCCAGCACCGUCUGCUAAAACUAGAGAAAAAGGAUACUGUAGCGUGGACUCAAGAGAAACAAUGUUGCACUGAUAAAUAUAUUUAAGAGGUUUAUGUGUUUAUAGCGUUCAUUUGCAAAAAAACAGAAGAAAGUCAAAAACAUAAAAACACGUGUUCAUUUCUUUCAUCUUUUUUAUACAUAUAUAUAAAGUUUCAGAUUAUGUGAUAUAAUUCUGAAAUGUAAAAAUAUUGAGAUGUUUUCAUUAUUGAAAAAGGCAAAUAGAUUUUCCAACAGUUAUGUCCCUCCCUGACACAUUUACAUGGCAUAUUAACGCUUCGUUUUGUACUGUCAUUCCGAUUUUGUGCAGAUUUUGUUCUGUUUUUUACAAAGGACAAGAAAAUAAGACUUUUAUUUUCAAUACUGCUUCUGUAAUUUGCUGUUGUAGGAAAAAAUGAAUAAACAGCAAAGCCUUAAAAAGAAAAGUGAAUAUUUGUGUUGUGAUCCAGAAUCCAAAACUUUUCUUUUUGAAUCGAACCCCAUCGGAUCGUCAUCACAGCCGUGCUGUAAAGGUUCACCAGCAGCCUCACCAUCAGCUUUCUGAAGCUACAUCUGUUCUGUCCGUCCACGUCUGUGUGUGUAAGCGCUACAGCAGAAAGACAGUGAUGUAAACCAGAACUUUUGUCUAGUCUUUGUUUUACAGACAUCGCUUUCCAAAGAAACAAAUAAAAGGCAUCU